AUGUCAUUCGGGGCGCCCAGCCACCCCAGCAGCCUGGGGGCCUGCCCGGACGACCCCCUUGACGCGGGGCCGGAAUGGACCCCCUUUGACUUCACACUCAGCCGGUUCCUGCACGCCACGGACUACGAGCGCAACGGCACGUUCAAGCUCAUCCCUCACUGCGCCAAGGGCUCCUGGAUCAUCAGCCAGACGGUGGGCACCACCCCCGUUAUUCUGGGACGGAAGCUGCCGACCACCACUUACGUCAUCACGGACAGGCAUGUGGUGGCGCUGAGCUGA